UCUUCGCGCCCUCUUCCUGCCAUCUGCCACCUUCUUCCAAUCACGUCCUUGUCAAUUGCUGCGAUAUUACUGUCUCUCUGCCAUUGGAAAGCACACUUUCGAAUUACCUACCUACCUUACCUUACCUGACCUACCACACCCCGCCAGUCCCCUCUUUGUCACCUUUUCGCGCAGCUGAAUUAUUUCCUUGUCACAAACAUCCUCACUUCACUCUUUCACCCAGCCCCACCCACACACACGCACGCACAAUGGCAGCGGCAGAAGCGCGAACGGACGAUGCUCGCGUCUUGGGCUACGACCCUCUCAUUCCACCACAACUUCUCGAAGCUGAAGUUCCCGCCCCUCCCCUCUCUCUCGACACAGUCCGUCGCGGUCGCCAAGAAGCCGUCGAGAUUAUCCACCAGCGCGAUGAUCGACUCCUCGUCAUGGUCGGUCCAUGUUCUCUCCACGACCCAGCAACGGCAGUAGAGUACUGCGCAAGAUUGGUGAAACUGGCCGACAAGCUAAAGGACGAUCUCUGCAUUAUUAUGCGAGCAUACCUCGAGAAGCCACGCACCACCGUGGGCUGGAAGGGUCUGAUCAACGACCCCGAUAUUGACGAGAGCUACCAGAUCAACAAGGGACUUCGCAUCAGUAGAAAGUUGUUCUGCGAUUUGACUGGGCAAGGCAUGCCCAUCGCUUCCGAGAUGCUGGAUACCAUUUCUCCUCAGUUCCUAGCAGAUCUCAUCUCCUUGGGUGCAAUUGGAGCCAGGACGACUGAAUCUCAGCUGCACCGAGAACUGGCUUCUGGUUUGUCCUUCCCUAUGGGUUUCAAGAACGGCACAGAUGGGAGCUUGACUGUUGCCGUGGACGCUAUUGGCGCUGCGGCCGCAAAGCAUCACUUCCUGGGUGUGACCAAGCAGGGCCUGGCAGCCAUCACCAAGACUGCUGGCAACCCAGACUGCUUCGUGAUUCUGAGAGGUGGUACCAAGGGCACAAAUUUCGAUCGUGAGAGCGUCAAGGCCACCAGAGAGGCAUUGAGGAAGAAGGGACUGCCAGAAGUCAUGAUGAUUGACUGCUCGCAUGGCAAUUCUCUCAAAGAUCACAAGAACCAGCCCAAGGUCGCGCAGACUAUCGGUGACCAGCUUCGCGAGGGCGAGACGGGCAUCGUCGCUGUCAUGAUCGAAUCACACAUCAACGAGGGCAAGCAGAAUGCGGGCACUGCAGGUCUGUCGUCACUCAAGCCGGGUGUCUCAAUCACAGACGCCUGCAUUCACUGGGAUGACACGGUCGCCGUGCUCGAACAGCUCGCAGAUGGCGUUCGGACGAGACGUCAAGUAGUCAAGAGCAAGGCCAAUGGCGUCAAUGGUGUGCACUAGGAGCAUCUCUAGGAAGGGAUCACCGUUGCCCAUGAAGACCUUGCGGUAUUUCACCCAGGACCGACCAUUUACACCAUCUCCGCCAAAGUCGUGGUUAGCGUCCUCUUGAGAAACUGGGGAGAGCCGACCAACGCGCUCAUGCACACGGGCAUGUGUUGGGGCAACAGAAAGGCAGAAAGAGAUUCCUGGCAAUAAAUGAGCUCGGCGGCUGCUGCGCGAUGCGAAAAAAUUAUUUCCAUGUGGUUCAACCACAAAGGCAUUAUUAUUAUUAUGAUACCAUCUUCUCGACGCGUGGCAUGCAUUGGGUGUCCUGGGCGUAAUGACCACACCUACGAUUUUCACCUUCUCCCUCUUUCUGCGUUUUCCCAAUCACUGGCCAACAUCUCUUGCCCUAGUCGUCCAGACCGGCCAGCGUCGUGCGCGGUGACCGUACCUCAUGCUUCUCAUAGCUCAUCCACUUCGUCCUUUGACCUCAUGCCAUCCAUUGUGCUCGUGCCUGAGCUGGGAUGUAAAAAGGGCGCCGCUUCCAGCUCCGUCUUGUCCCAAGCUUUGUCCUUCUUCCAACUCAUAAUAGACUGUUGUUGCUGUCUCUCACACCGGCAAAUCCUUAUGCCUCCUAUCAUCAGCUCCCGCUUUAUCCCCAGCCACAUUCAACGCCUUUGCAAUAUAAGGUCCCACGACAGGAACAUUAUACGCAAAACCCGCCAUGGUCUUGAAAAACUCUCCAAACAGUAUAAACAUCCCAUAACACUGCACCACAAACCCCACAAACGGCCACCUCAUCAAAAUGAGCAGUAUCCCCGACCAAAACCCCAAUGUGCCUUUCCAUUUCUGUCUGCGAGCGAAAAAAGUAAACGUCCGAGCCGGGCCGAGGAGGAGUGUGAUGCCGAUUAGGAAGAGAAUGUCUCCCAUUGCGAGUAGGGCGCGGUCAAAGAGGAGGAUGAGGCCGAAGAGGAGGAAGAAGCCGCCGCCUGUGCAGAAUGCUACGCCGAUUUUUUGGCUAUCGGAGAGCCAGUAAGUAGGCAUGUUGGCGGGUUGUCGUUGCGUGAUGUCGGUGUUCGAGAAGUCAGUUUGUUGUAUACCUCAUGUAUGU